AUGGCCACCAUGGCGACCAGCGCCUCCUCUUCACUCUUAAGGAGAGCCAGGAAUUCCCACCUGCCCAAGUCGCUGCGCUUCAGGUAGGGCAGCAUCAUAUAAAUAGAAUUAGAACUCAUUCUAGUUCUGUGGACAGCAUGUCUCCUACUUGUUAGAGAACGAUGAGCUGAAUGACCAACGCAUUGUUUGCUACAUUUAUAAUGAUCUGAUUGGUGACAAUCCUGUCUUUCGUUUUUAUUUGAUGUAGAUGGGACAUGUUUCCUCUGCUGUAAAAUGUGAUGUUUUGUUGUUUCAUACAAUAAUACACUGUUUUUGUCCCAUCUGAACUGGCUAAAUUAUAGAAAUUAACUGCAGUUACAACAUGCAAUAUCAUGCCAGGUUGAAUUGUAUGAUCAGUUCAGAAUCAGAUGGCAGCAUUUUGUUAAUUCAAGGACCUGGUCACAGCUGAGUAAGUUCCUAUCCUUCCUCCCAGCAGACGUAUCGGGUUUCCAUCCUAAUGCAGUGGACAUGGUGAGGACUGGCAAUCUGAUUAGAUUUCAAAAGACUUUGAGGACGGGGGGCAGUAGCACGUUUUUAAAGAGAUCAGACUCCCUCAGCAAUUUACUUAAGUGUUUGCGUUUUGCUUUUUCACCACAAGUGCUCUGCAAUGAAUUUCAGUAUGUAGGCUAGUUAUCCACUUCUGUACUGAUACAAACACUGAUUGUUCUUGACAUAAUGCAUCUUUCUCAUGUUCUCAUAAACAGUGUUAUGAGACGGCUCAAAUCACAACAAAUUACCUUACCGCCCACAAUGUGUUUACGACUUUAGCCUAACUCUGACGCACAGGUACAGAUCUGAAUAAAUACCCAGGUUGUGAAUCACAUAAGUAGCAUUGUUGAAUGUAUGCAUCUGUGGCAUUGGUUGGCUGGAUUGAGAGGGCAGAUCUGUUUCUGCCCAAAUCCUUAAUCUGGGUUUACAUAAUUCAGUUGGCGAGGAGGGUUGAGAUGGCUGAUGCCAGGAGAUUACGGGGGCACAUACAGUGAGGGGAAAAAAGUAUUUGAUCCCCUGCUGAUUUUGUACGUUUGCCCACUGACAAAGACAUGAUCAGUCUAUACUUUUAAUGGUAGGUUUAUUUGAACAGUGAGAGACAGAAUAACAACAAAAAAAUGCAUGUCAAAGAUGUUAAAAAUUGAUUUACAUUUUAAUGAGGGAAAUAAGUAUUUGACCCCUCUGCAAAACAUGACUUAGUACUUGGUGGCAAAACCCUUGUUGGCAAUCACAGAGGUCAGAAGUUUCUUGUAAUUGGCCACCAGGUUUGCACACAUCUCAGGAGGGAUUUUGUUCCACUCCUCUUUGCAGAUCUUCUCCAAGUCAUUAAGGUUUCAAGGCUGAUGUUUGGCAACUCGAACAUUCAGCUCCCUCCACAUAUUUUCUAUGGGAUUAAGGUCUGGAGACUGGCUAGGCCACUCCAGGACCUUAAUGUGCUUCUUCUUGAGCCACUCCUUUGUUGCCUUGGCCGUGUGUUUUGGGUCAUUGUCAUGCUGGAAUACACAUCCACGACCCAUUUUCAAUGCCCUGGCUGAGGGAAGGAGGUUCUCACCCAAGAUUUGACGAUACAUGGCCCCGUCCAUCGUCCCUUUGAUGCGGUGAAGUUGUCCUGUCCCCUUAGCAGAAAAACACCCACAAAGCAUAAUGUUUCCACCUCCAUGUUUGACGGUGGGGAUGGUGUUCUUGGGGUCAUAGGCAGCAUUCCUCCUCCUCCAAACACGGCGAGUUGAGUUGAUGCCAAAGAGCUCGAUUUUGGUCUCAUCUGACCACAACACUUUCACCCAGUUCUCCUCUGAAUCAUUCAGAUGUUCUUUGGCAAACUUCAGAUGGCCCUGUAUAUGUGCUUUCUUGAGCAGGGGGACCUUGCGGGCGCUGCAGGAUUUCAGUCCUUCACGGCGUAGUGUGUUACCAAUUGUUUUCUUGGUGACUAUGGUCCCAGCUGCCUUGAGAUCAUUGACAAGAUCCUCCCGUGUAGUUCUGGGCUGAUUCCUCACCGUUCUCAUGAUCAUUGCAACUCCACGAGGUGAGAUCUUGCAUGGAGCCCCAGGCCGAGGGAGAUUGACAGUUAUUUUGUGUUUCUUCCAUUCGCGAAUAAUCGCACCAACUGUUGUCACCUUCUCACCAAGCUGCUUGGCGAUGGUCUUGUAGCCCAUUCCAGCCUUGUGUAGGUCUACAAUCUUGUCCCUGACAUCCUUGGAGAGCUCUUUGGUCUUGGCCAUGGUGGAGAGUUUGGAAUCUGAUUGAUUGAUUGCUUCUGUGGACAGGUGUCUUUUAUACAGGUAACAAGCUGAGAUUAGGAGCACUCCCUUUAAGAGUAUGCUCCUAAUCUCAGCUCGUUACCUGUAUAAAAGACACAUGGGAGCCAGAAAUCUUUCUGAUUGAGAGGGGGUCAAAUACUUAUUUCCCUCAUUAAAAUGCAAAUCAAUUUAUAACAUUUUUUACAUAAAUUUUUCUGGAUUUUUUUGUUAUUCUGUCUCUCACUGUUCAAAUAAACCUACCAUUAAAAUUAUAGACUGAUAAUUUCUUUGUCAGUGGGCAAACGUACAAAAUCAGCAGGGGAUCAAUUACUUUUUUCCCUCACUGUAUGCCCUCUGUAGAAGACACAGGCACAGUGGAUGGAUGUGUGCUAGUUAAUAGUGAGGCGGCUGCAGACCUGAAAGAAGAGGACAGAGGAGUCUGCUUUCUCUCUCCUCUGUUACUACUCCUAUUACUUGUUCCAAUGGGUAGGCAUCAGCACAUCCCACUCCCUUGUGUGUGAGAUUUUGUGUGAUCCCCUUUAUAAGCUUCUGUUUUUCAAAAUAUCAGUCUAAAGACUACCUGGUUGAUAACUUUGUUGUGACACUGUACAAGCAAGAUAACGAGGAGAAAAUGACAUCCCUUUAUUUAUGGGGAACUCAAGCAAUCAUGCUUUGUAAACAUGUUGCAUGUUGCAAAUCUGAGAUGUAGGGUGUGUUCCAAAUGGAACCCUAUUCAGCCUAGUGGUUGGAGCGUUGGGCCAGUAACCGAAAGGUUGCUGGUUCGAAUACCUAAGUCGACAAGGUGAGCAAGACACUUAACCCUAAUUUGCUCCAGGUGCGCUGUACUACUAUGGCUGACCCUGUAAAACAACACAUUUCACUGCACCUAUCCCUUGUAUGUGACAAUAAAACAUAUAUAUAUAUAUAUAUAUAUAUAUACACAGUACCAGUCAAAAGUUUGGACACACCUACUCAUUCAAGGGUUUUUCUUUAUUUUUACUAUUUUCUACAUUGUAGAAUUAUAGUGAAGACAUCAAUGGAAGUCCCAGAUUUAACUCUGCUGCAGAGGAUAAGUUCAUUAAAGUUACCAGCCUCAAAAAUUGCAGCCCAAAUAAAUGCUUCACAGAGUUCAAGUAACACAGACAUCUCAACAUCAACUGUUCAGAGGGAACUGUGUGUAUCAGGCCUUCAUGGUCAAAUUGCUGCAAAGAAACAACUACUAAAGGACACCAAUAAGAAGAAGAGACCUGCUUGGGCCAAGAAACACGAUCAAUGGACAUUAGACCGGUGGACAUGUGUCCUUUGGUCUGGAGUCCAAUUGGAGAUUUUGGGUUCCAACCGCCGUGUCUGUGAACGCGGUGUGGGUGAACGGAUGAUCUCCGCAUGUGUAUUUCCCACCAUAAAGCAUGGAGGAGGAGGUGUUAUGGUGUGGCGGUGCUUUGCUGAUGAACACUGUCUGUGAUUUAUUUAGAAUUCAAGGCACACUUAACCAGCAUGGCUACCACAGCAUUCUACAGCGAUACACCAUCCCAUCUGGUUUGGGCUUAGUGGGACUAUAAUUUGUUUUUCAACAGGACAAUGACCCAACACACCUCCAGGCUGUGUAAUGGCUAUUUUACUACUAAGAAGAAGAGUGAUGGAGCGCAUUUGCAUUUAGCAUUAGCAUUUGCAUUUUGCAUUUUAGCAGACGCUCGUAUCCAGAGCGACUUACAGUUAGUGAGUGCAUCCAUUUUUCAGUGCUGCAUCAGAUGACCUGGCCUCCACAAUCCCCCGACCUCAACGCAAUUGAGAUGGUUUGGGAUGAGUCGGACCGCAGAGUGAAGGAAAAGCAUCCAACAAGUGCCCAGCAUAUGUGGGAACUCCUUCAAGACUGUUGGAAAAGCAUUCCAGGUGAAGCUGGUUGAGAGAAUGCCAAGAGUGUGCAAAGCUGGCUAUUUGAAGAUUCAGAAAUAUAAAAUAUACUUUGAUUUGUUUAACACUUUUGUUUACUACGUGAUUCCAUUCAUAGUUUUGAUGUCUUCACUAUUAUUCUGCAAUGUAAAAAUAAAGAAAAACCCUUGAAUGAGUAGGUGUGUCCAAACUUUUGGCCCAAGCAAGUUUCUUCUUCUUAUUGGUGUCCUUUAGUAGUGGUUUCUUUGCAGCAAUUCGACUAUGAAGACCUGAUUCACACAGUCUCCUCUGAACAGUUGAUGUUGAGAUGGGUCUGUUACUUGAACUCUGUGAAGCAUGUAUUUCGGCUGCAAUUUCUGAGGCUGUUAACUCUAAUGAACUUAUCCCCCACAAAUGAACUUUUAAGAAGGCACACCUGUUAAUUAAAAUGCAUUCCAGGUGACUAUCUCAUGAAGCUGGUUGAGAGAAUGCCAAGAGUGUGCGAAGUUGUCAUCAAGGCAAAGGGUGGCUAUUUGAAGAAUCUCAAAUCUGAAAUAUAUUUUGAUUUGUUUAACACUUUCUUGGUUACUACAUGAUUCCAUAUGUGUUAUUUCAUCGUUUUGAUGUUUGCACUAUUAUUCUACAAUGUAAAAAAAUUGUAAAAAUAAAGAAAAACCCUUUAAUGAGUAGGUGUGUCCAAACCUUUGACUACUUUUGACCAGAGCCCUAUGAAUGUUGUUUAUAGUUGUAUGUAGGCCAUGAUGCUUUAACCCAGACAUGGGCCACAUAAUUAAUGAAGACUAUUUGCCAGGCCAUUGUGGCCAAUAGCAACAGACAGACAGUUUGUUUUCUCAGCAUGGUAUCAAGAUAACGAUGCCUCAAUUCUCCAAAUGCCUCAAAAUACAAACAUAUUUAAUUAAGGCUAUGGACAUUUAGAAUAAUUGUUACGUAUUUGACACUUUGCAAAUUUCCGGUCUGCUGAGCGCAAACUUGAACAUUGUGAAAAUUCUGUGCAACUUCUGCCGCACGUUUACUGUGAACAAUGAGGCUGUACCCGCUUUAAGUUAGUUAUAACGGUGGCCAAGUAGGCUACUGUGGCUAUUUGAUCAUAAUGUAGGCCUAUCAGAGUGGCCUACCAUAAAAAAACAAUGGAGAAAAUGCAUCCCAUAACAUGGAAAUAGCUGUUCUAUCAUUCAGCCUACAGUAGCAGCCAAUGUGUGGUGUUCAAUGUAGGCCUACAUUCCAUGAGAUUUGUAGGAAUUGACACAAACCUGUUUAUCCACUUGUCCUUCAGACAAGAAACUACUUUACAAAAUACAAUUCAUUAUUAUUCCCAUACCAUUAUGACAGAGAAUCAGACAAAUUAUGUUACCCUCUGACUAUUGGCUACUUAGCUUGUUCAAGCCUGUCUCAAUAUACAACACUGCCCCAAAAUACAACACUGCCCCUUAUAGGGAAAAAAAUCUUUACCUGACUUGCUUUUCAAAGCUGGCUGGCUGGAAAUGCACACGUUUUGUGCUCUUGUAGGAAACAACCACUCCCCCAUUGCUGACUAGAAAUGAGCUAUAACUGGGCUAAUAACGCUACAACGCUCGUGACCAAUGUUCGCUCUAAUUGUUUGGGGCACUGAGCAAAUGUUAGGUCUUGUGUUGCAUUGUAUUGUGUUGUAUGAUGCAAGAAACCACUUUACAAAAUACAAUUCUAAUUACCAUACAGAGAAUGAGAUAAUGUAGGCUUAUUUGCAUAUUCAAGCCUGUCUCAAAAUACAACACUGCCCCUUUAAUUAAGACAUAAGCUUUUUACCUGACUUGCUUUUCAAAGACGGCUUGAAAUGUAGCCUACACGUUUUAUGCUCUUGUAGGAAGCAGUAACUCCCCAUUGCUGACCUAUACUUAUCUAUAACUGGGCUAAUAACUUGCUAACUAGCAAAGAAUAUCAACAAAUGUUCACACGCGUGGCUCUGAACUGAUCUGAAAAGUGCAUUCAUUCACUCACAGGUGAUCGAAAGACCCCUCGAGGGCUACCCGCCAAUAGAAUUCUACUCCUUUGCGCUCUGGCUCUGCCUACAACAAUAUCACAGACUCAAUCUUGGUUUUGGUUUGUUGCAUUGAAAAGGGGCUGAUAUAAUGUUUUUUAGAUCACAGAAAAAACGUAGAUCUAUAUAGUGCAAACUAAUGGGAUGAAUUCAAUGAAGUUCAAUCUCUUGCUUCUCUGCGCGGCCUGGCAUUUCUUCUGCGCGGCAGUUCUGGAGGAGGUGCGGGAGCUGCGCGCCUGCGCAUGAGCGCAGCUUAGAGGAAACAUUGCCAAUGACCAUACUAUAGUUAGAAUAACACACAUCAUGUUGAAAGGGCCUCUCAGAAGGGCCUUGAAUGUCUCUUCUUUUAACUGUUAGAUUUUUCAAACUAAGUUUCCCUAAAAUAAUGACUAAGAUUUGCCUCUCUUCUCAGACAGUCUCCCAGACAAAUCUAUUGUUAUUACGGUAUACAGCUUUAUUUUAUUACAAUAAUGCCUCCAGACUACUUCCUCCUAAAUUGUCUCACUGUCUUCGAUAACUCGUAAACACACCAUUGAUUGUCUGGAAUCUCUUACUUUCCUUCAGACACUCGAGGGUGCGCUGUAGUUCAGAAUAAACAGCUUUAACUGCUUUCAAAUAAUCUUUGGUAUUAACCACCGCUACUGCCUACUUAGUUGUUUUCUAAAGAAUAAAUGAUUACCAGCAACUGAAAGUGACAACCGAUCAGAAUCUAAUUGCGACGAUCUGUCCAUGGGAAUUACUAUCUAUCCAAGCAAUAUUGCUUGUAUAUUACCCUUGCAAAUGAAUACAUUUCUGAGAUAUUUCUUGGUGAUGUUAUACUACCAUAGGAAAUGCUCAUUUACACUGAACAAAAAUAUUAAUGCAAUAUGCAACAAUUUCAAAGAUUUGACUGAGUUACAGUUCAUAUCAGUCAAUUGAAAUACAUUUAUUAAUCUAUGGAUUUCACAUGACUGGGAUUACAGAUAUGUAUCUGUUGGUCACAGAUACCUUAAAAAAAGGUAGGGGUGUGGAUCAGAAAACCAGUCAGUGUCUGGGGUGACCACCAUUUGCCUCAUGCAGCGCGACACAUCUCCUUCGCAUAGAGUUGAUCAGGCUGUUGAUUGUGGCCUGUGGAAUGUUGUCCCACUCCACUUCUAUGGCUGUGCGAAGUUGCUGGAUAUUGGGGGGAACUGGAACACGCUGUCAUACACGUAGAUCCAGAGCAUCCCAAACAUGCUCAAUGGGUGACACAUCUGGUGAGUAUACAAGCCAUGGAAGAACUGGGACAUUUUCAGCUUCCAGGAAUUGUGUACAGAUCCUUAUGAUGUGGGGCCGUGCAAUAUCAUGCUGAAAAAUCUAAAAUGUAAAUGAAAGAUGUAGUGAUGACGGCAGAUGAAUGGCACAACAUCAGGCCUCAGGAUCUUGUCACGGUAUCUCUGUGCAUUCAAAUUGCCAUCAAUAAAAUGCAAUUGUGUUUGUUGACCAUAGCUUAUGCCUGCCCAUACCAUAACCACCAUGGGGCACUCUGUUCACAACGUUGACAUCAGCAAACCGCUCGCCCACACGACGCCAUACAUGCUGUCUGCCAUCUGCCCGGUACAGUUCAAACCGGGAUUCAUCCGUGAAGAGCACACUUCUCCAGUGUGCCAGGUUAGCAUUUGCCGACUGAAGUCGGUUACGACGCCGACCUGCAGUCAGGUCAAGACCCUGGUGAGGACGACGAGCACGCAGAUGACCUUCCUUGAGACGGUUUCUGACAGUUUGCAGAUUCUUCAGUUGUGCAAACCCACAGUUUCAUCAGCUGUCCGGGUGGCUGGUCUCAGACGAUCCUGCAGGUGAAGAAGCGGAUGUGGAGGAUCUGGAAUGGCGUGGUUACACGUGGUCUGCGGUUGUGAGGCCGGUUGGACAUACUGCCACAUUCUCUAAAAUGACGUUGGAGGCGGCUUAUGGUAGAGAAAUUAACAUUAAAUUCUCUAGCAACAGCUCUGGUGGACAUUCCUGCAAUCAGCAUGCCAACUGCACGCUCCCUCAAAACUUGAGACAUCUGUGGCAUUGUGUUGUGUGAAAGAAACUGCACAGUUGAGUGGCCUUUUAUUGUCCCCAGCACAAGGUACACCUGUGUUAUCAGCUCCAUGAUAUGCCACACCUGUCAGGUGGAUGGAUUAUCUUGGCAAAGGAGAAAUGCACACUAACAGGGAUGUAAACAAAUUUGUGCACAAACUUUUAGAGAAAUAAUUUCUUUGUGCGUAUGGAACAUUUCUUGGAGCUUUUACAGUGGGGAAAAUAAGUAUUUAGUCAGCCACCAAUUGUGCAAGUUCUCCUACUUAAAAAGAUGAGAGGCCUGUAAUUUUCAUCAUAUGUACACGUCAACUAUGACAGACAAAAUGAGGAAAAAAAAUCCAGAAAAUCACAUUGUAGGAUUUGUAAUGAAUUUAUUUGCAAAUUAUGGUGGAAAAUAAGUAUUUGGUCAAUAACAAAAGUUUCUCAAUACUUUGUUAUAUACCCUUUGUUGGCAAUGACACAGGUCAAACGUUUUCUGUAAGUCUUCACAAGGUUUUCACACACUGUUGCUGGUAUUUUGGCCCAUUCCUCCAUGCAGAUCUCCUCAAGAGCAGUGAUGUUUUGGGGCUGUCGCUAGGCAACACGGACUUUCAACUCCCUCCAAAGAUUUUCUAUGGGGUUGAGAUCUGGAGACUGGCUAGGCCACUCCAGGACCUUGAAAUGCUUCUUACGAAGCCACUCCUUUGUUGCCCGGGCGGUGUGUUUGGGAUCAUUGUCAUGCUGAAAGACCCAGCCACGUUUCAUCUUCAAUGCCCUUGCUGAUGGAAGGAGGUUUUCACUCAAAAUCUCACGAUACAUGGCCCCAUUCAUUCUUUCCUUUACACGGAUCAGUCGUCCUGGUCCCAUUGCAGAAAAACAGCCCCAAAGCAUGAUGUUUCCACCCCCAUGCUUCACAGUAGGUAUGGUGUUCUUUGGAUGCAACUCAGCAUUCUUUGUCCUCCAAACACGACGAGUUGAGUUUUUACCAAAAAGUUCUAUUUUGGUUUCAUCUGACCAUAUGACAUUCUCCCAAUCCUCUUCUGGAUCAUCCAAAUGCACUCUAGCAAACUUCAGACGGGCCUGGACAUGUACUGGCUUAAGCAGGGGGACACGUCUGGCACUGCAGGAUUUGAGUCCCUGGCGGCGUAGUGUGUUACUGAUGGUAGGCUUUGUUACUUUGGUCCCAGCUCUCUGCAGGUCAUUCACUAGGUCCCCCCGUGUGGUUCUGGGAUUUUUGCUCACCGUUCUUGUGAUAAUUUUGACCCCACGGGGUGAGAUCUUGCGUGGAGCCCCAGAUCGUGGGAGAUUAUCAGUGGUCUUGUAUGUCUUCCAUUUCCUAAUAAUUGCUCCCACAGUUGAUUUCUUCAAACCAAGCUGCUUACCUAUUGCAGAUUCAGUCUUCCCAGCCUGGUGCAGGUCUACAAUUUUGUUUCUGGUGUCCUUUGACAGCUCUUUGGUCUUGGCCAUAGUGGAGUUUGGAGUGUGACUGUUUGAGGUUGUGGACAGGUGUCUUUUAUACUGAUAACAAGUUCCAUUAAUACAGGUAAUGAGUGGAGGACAGAGGAGCCUCUUAAAGAAGUUGUUACAGGUCUGUGAGAGCCAGAAAUCUUGCUUGUUUGUAGGUGACCAAAUACUUAUUUUCCACCAUAAUUUGCAAAGAAAUUCAUUAAAAAUCCUACAAUGUGAUUUUCUGGAUUUUAUUUUCUCAAUUUGUCUGUCAUAGUUGACGUGUACCUAUGAUGAAAAUUACAGGCCUCUCUCUUCUUUUUAAGUGGGAGAACUUGCACAAUUGGUGGCUGACUAAAUACUUUUUUUCCCCACUGUAUAUCCUCAACAUAAAGACAGGAUUUUGAGCAUAUGUCUUUCCCCUGGGUACGUCACUGAACAAAAUGGCCCUCGUCACUAAAGUGAGUUAGAUUUCUUGAUCCAUGAUUCUUAAAGUCAUCUGACAUGUGGCAAUUAUGUAAGGCUACUGUUAUUAUAUCAUAAUGUGGCUAUUAUAUUAUGCAUUUUGUGUUGUGCAUUUACAAUAAGCAUGUGUGAUUUGACUGCACAUUGUCAGUGAUUGUAUCAUUUGGCUAACGUCCCCCUCUCCUACCAUGUGGCUAUGAUGUAAGGGUCUAUUUUUGUGUAAUGUAUUUUCAAUUAUCAUGCAUAAAUGCAUGAAGCAUUUUAAUAUUGUUGCACUUUGAACAUCCAAAUGAAUGGUUUGCCAGUUGGAACGCAUACAGUCCUUUGAUAAACAACACCUUCAGCCAGUGACUUCCAUUCCCCUCCACUACCUGUAGUGUUGUGCUCUGAUGGAAAGCCCAGGUUGUUUUGUCCAAGGUGUUUGUGAGCACAGCAGCACAUCCUCCCUCCGUCAUCCCCUGCUGCUGCUUUAGAGAGUCAAGUCUCCUUGUAGGGGUAUCCCUAUGGAAACUGUCUCAAGGGGCCAAUGGAUUGGCCAGCCCAGGUCCCUGUUUACCACCUGUGAAUCAAAGGAAAUCUGCAGCAAGGAAGAGGGAAGGGCAUUGGAGCUGCUGGUCCUUCUUCACUUUUCAGCAUUUCAUGGGGGUAGAAUGAGGAGUUGAGACUGUAUGGUAGAGGCAGUAGAACCAAGGACAGCGGACUAGAACAGAGAAGAGAAGAGAACCGUCCCAAGGGAAUGUAUUGAGCUACAGAGAGAGAGAUGCUCUGGGGAUAUUCCUUCAAGUGCCUGUUUAGAUGUUUUUCGUAGGUAUUACUGCUUCCUGAAAUGUUCUAGUGAGUGGUUGGAUGCUGGAAUAGUACGGACAAAGCUUGAAUUCCUUACAGAAAGACAACAGCUGGUUGUGUUGUGUUUUGGGAUAACAUGAAGGCUACAGCAGCGAUUCUCAACUGGUGGGUGGGGAGGUUUUGAGUGGUUCGCGGGUGUCUGAAAAAAAUGUAAACAUUUAAAAUACUCCAGUCUGAACUUAAAUGACUUUAACCAGGUAGAAGGUGUGUAGAAAUGAUAAUGAACUUACAUUUUUAAAAAUAAUUUAAUCUCUGAACAACUUUUCUUCAAUCACAGUAUUUUCAAUAUAGAGCUAUUAGCAGCGCCAUUUUGGUUGAUUUUGUGGUCUCAAACCAGAGUUUAUUAACAUUCUUCAUCAAGAAUAUGGGCAACAUUUUAUUAUUGACAAUGAAAGAGGUGGGAAGGUUGUUCCCUUGUCAUAUAAUUGCUCCAUUUACUAUCAAUAUAGCAUUACAAAUAGUUUUCCAUAUUGUAUUUUUGUCAAUUAUUUUUCACGACAACCUGGUUCAAUUUGUAUCCCGAGGCAAAACCAGUUGAUAACCAUUGGGCUACAGUAUAUACAUUUUUCAGGGUCCUCCAACUUUCUGUAUUGUUUUAGUGGCCAUUUCAUUUCUGUGGUAUACCUAGUGAAUAAUACUAGUCAGUGGAGGAGUCCAAGGUCUUUUGACACAUUUUGGGAUUUAGAGCCUCAGAGCAGGUUUCUCUGCCAUGCUUUGAAUGCUCUGAAUGAAAAAGUUAUGUUGUAAACUAACCAACUGCCAUGUUUUUGUCUUCCAGAUCCCGAGGGCUUCCUAAGUUAAAGGAGUCGUGUUCUCACGAGUCCCUGCUCAGUCCGGGCAGUGCAGUAGAAACCCUGGAUCUGGGAAUGGAGGAAGAUGUCUAUGUCAAACCUCUCCAUAGUAGCAUAUUGGGACAGGAGUUCUGCUUCGAGGUAAGUCUAAACAGUAGUUAGUCUUGUUCGACUACUUUGAUAAAACUUUAAGCUUUUAGCAAGUAAUGGAAGAGCACAUCCCUGAUGAUGCAUAGUGAAAAGAGCACACUGACAAAUUGCAAAUUAUUAUACUACUUGGUUCAUUUAGCUUACUGGUUUAACAAGGCUAUAGUGUUACAUUUUGUUACAGAACAAUAUUACUGUAUGCUCUUUGUCAAUGAUAAAAAAUCACAGGUGAUGUAAUGCAUUAGAAGGCCUUGUUAGUUAUGCUCCUCAUGCUUCUGUAUCUGUCUUUUCCAGGUGACCUACUCAGGGGGAAGUAAGUGUUUCAGCUGCUCCUCAGCCGCAGAGAGAGACAAAUGGAUGGAGAACCUGAGGAGGACGGUCCAGCCAAACAAGGUGAGACCAGAGACAUGGGCCGCAUCCCAAAUCGCACCAUAUUCCCUUCAAAAGUAGUGCACUAUGUAGGAAAUAGGGUGCCAAUUGGGACAUGGACAUAUUGAUGCCAUUUACAUUGUCCUAAUGCUAGUUAAUGCUACAGUGACCUCCUCUACUUCACUUCUUGUUCUUUUCAAUUUCAUCUUAACAAUGUCAGUUUAGGGUCACUGUUCCCCCCAUUGGAUUCAGUACUCAUUUGAUAUCUUCCCAGGACAAUUGCCGACGAGCUGAGAAUGUCCUCCGGCUAUGGAUCAUCGAGGCCAAGGACCUGCCUCCCAAGAAGAAGUACUUCUGUGAACUGUGCCUGGAUGACAUUCUAUACGCCCGCACCACCAGCAAAACCCGGGCUGACUGCUUGUUCUGGGGGGAACACUUUGAGUUCUACAGCCUGCCGUCUGUCCGUAGCAUCACCGUGCACAUCUACAAGGACGUGGACAAGAAGAAGAAGAAGGACAAGAACAACUACGUGGGCUUGGUCAACAUCCCCAUCGGGGGGGUGACAGGAAGGCAGUUUGUGGAGAAGUGGUACCCCGUCAGCACCCCCACCACCAGCAAGGGUAAAGGUGGAGGCCCCUCCAUUCGGAUCAAGUCCCGCUUCCAGACCAUCUCCAUCCUGCCCAUGGAGCAGUAUAAGGAGUUUGCAGAGUUCAUCACUAACAACUACACCAUGCUGUGUUCUGUUCUGGAGCCAGUGAUCAGUGUGAAGAACAAGGAGGAGAUGGCCUGUGCCCUGGUUCACAUCCUACAGAGCACCGGACGGGCCAAGGUAAUCAAAUCAAAUCAAAUUGUAUUUGUCUCAUGCACCGAAUACAACCUUACCGUGAAAUGCUUACUUACAAGCCCUUACCCAACAAUGCAGUUCACGAAAUAGAGUUAAGAAAUAUUUACUAAAUAAACUAAAGAAAAAAUAAAACACAAUAAAAUAACAAUACCGAGGCUAUAUACAGGGGGUACUGGUACCAAGUCAAUGUGCGGGGGUACAGGUUAGUCGAGGUAAUUUGUACAUGUAGGUAGGGGUAAAGUGACUGCAUAGAUAAUAAACAGCAAGUAGCAGCAGUGUAAAAUCAAAGGGGGGGGGUGUCAAUGUAAAUAGUCCACGUGGCCAUUUGAUUAAUUGUUCAGCAGUCUUAUGGCUUGGGGGUAGAAGCUGUUAAGGAGCCUUUUGGACCUAGACUUGGCGCUCCGGUACCGCUUGCCGUGCGGUAGCAGAGAGAACAGUCUAUGACAUGGGUGACUGGAGUCUUUGACAAUUUUUGGGGCCUUCCUCUGACACCACCUAGUAUAUAGGUCCUGGAUGGCAGGAAGCUUGGCCCCGGCCACUAGGAGCGCCGCUUCUGGAUGAGCAUUUUCUUGUUUGCUUAUGGCCUUAUACAGCUCGUUGAGUGUGGUCUUAGUGCCAGCAUCGGUUUGUGGUGGUAAAUAGACGGCUACGAAAUAUAUAGAUGAAAACUCUCUUGGUAGAUAGACUUUAGAAACUCCAUCUCUGCUCUGUACAGACUACUUCUCUUCAUCUUUUUCAUAACACUGUGCCUCCCACCCUACACUGACUAUAACUUCCCCUGGGGAUCCCAUUCAGUUGUAUCCAUCUAUUUGCCCACAUUAAUAUUAGCACAUUUAGUACAUUAAGUACCGUACUGCAGUUUUUCUCAGUAAAUUAAAGUUCCCUCUCCUCUUCCCCAGGACUUCCUGACAGAUCUAGUGAUGUCCGAGGUGGACCGCUGUGCAGACCACGACGUCUUGAUCUUCAGAGAGAACACGCUGGCCACCAAGGCCAUAGAGGAGUACCUCAAACUGGUGGGACAGAAGUACCUGUAUGACGCACUAGGUGAGAGGGCAGGGUUUAUAAUAGAUGUUCUUAUGAUCCAGUUCAAAUUCAGUGGAAGCUCUUGAUGUAUGACAGUUAUUGAUUGCUGAAUUGGCAGGUUUUCAAACUAUUCCAUGGGUUUUUGUCAAUGACGUAUUACUGCUCUUCAACCAAGUCUGUGUUUUCUCCUGGGUACUGUAGGAGAGUUCAUCAAAGCGUUGUAUGAGUCAGAUGAGAACUGUGAGGUGGACCCGGGGAAGUGCUCCAGCAGUGAACUCCCUGAGCACCAGAGCAACCUGAAGAUGUGCUGCGAGCUGGCCUUCUGCAAGAUCAUUAACUCCUACUGGUGAGAUCAGUCCCUCACCACUCUAAAGGCUAAAGCCACAUAGCCUGCUUCUUAAGGCCAAUGCCACUGAGCCAGCCAGAGGGCCUUUAAUCGCCUCCACUUAGGGCAAGUCCUAGCUCCUUGAAAAUGGGUAGCUAUAACAUUAUGUGAAUAGAGAAGAAUAUCUGCAGCACUGCAGAACUUGAAACACAGAUUUGGGGGACUUGUUUUCUUGUUGUUCUGAAAGAGAUUGUCAUAGAGUUGGAUGUUACAGUACAUCUGGUUUGGCUUUAAUAGUGACGAUGUAUAGUGCAUGCUGCCCCCUGGUGGUAAUAUGUGGAGGUGCAUGUGUGUGCAUAUUUUCUGAUUCAUACCACGGUCGUCUCACUCUGGAAACCAGCGUCUUAACCAUUAGACCAAGAGGAAAUUCUCUCUUGGGCCGAGUGUUACACUAGCAGGCAGGGCUACCUCAUCAUGAGCUUGUGAUUCCUAAUCAUCUCCGCUACACUGACUCUUCCCUCUGCCUCCCCAGUGUGUUCCCACGGGAGCUGAAGGAAGUGUUUGCAGCGUGGAAGCAGCAGUGUCUGUCCCGAGGGAACCAGGACAUCAGCAAGCGCCUCAUCAGCGCCUCCCUGUUCCUCCGCUUCCUCUGUCCCGCCAUCAUGUCUCCCUCGCUCUUCAGCCUCAUGCAGGAGUACCCCGACGACCGCACCUCCCGUACCCUCACCCUCAUCGCCAAGGUCAUUCAGAACCUGGCCAACUUCGCCAAGUAGGUUUCUCCUGUUGCUGGUGGUGUAUGGUAGAUCACGGCUACGUGUCAAACGGCACCCUAUAGUGCACUACUUUUGACCAGGCCCUGGCUCUGCUCAAGUGUAGUGCACUGUAUAGGGAAUAAGGUAGAAUUUCGUUAAGAAUUUCACCUUUGCAAAUUUACAAGACAAUCAAAGCAUGUCGCGCUAAGUAGAAAGUGCAUCAUAUGAACGUAAGUGCAUCAUAUGAACGUUUGUUAUUGUCUGUUUCCAAGGUUUGGCAACAAAGAGGAGUACAUGGCGUUCAUGAACGACUUCCUGGAGCACGAAUGGGCAGGUAUGAUGCGUUUCCUCACGGAGGUCUCCAACCCAGAGACCAUCUCCAACACGCCAGGGUUCGAAGGUUACAUCGACCUUGGCCGAGAGCUGUCGGUCCUCCACUCGCUCCUGUGGGACGUGGUGUCCCAGUUGGACAAGGUAAGGAAGACCUUGGAGUGGGCAGCAAUGAUACCUCUGUUAACAGAUGUUGCAAAAACAAUUUGUAUCCCAAAUGGCACCCUGUUCCCUUUAUUGUGAACUACUUUUGACCAGGGCCCAUAAGGCAUUACAUAGGGAAUUUAGUGCAAUUUGGGACACAUACAUAUAUUUUGUAAGCCUAAAGCUGAAAUGGAAAGCGCUGUACUUUAAUGAGAUGCUAAGGUUCCUAAUUGUGGCCCUUAGUAGGUGUCUGUUGAGUUAAGAGGCUCUGUUGGCCAAAUUUUUUUUUGUCAUUUUAGUAGACGCUCUUAUCCAGAGCGACUUACAGUUAGUGAGUGCAUAAAUUUUUCAUAAUGGCCCCCCGUGGGAAUCGAACCCACAACCCUGGCGUUGUAAGCGCCAUGCUAUACCAACUGAGCUACAGGAGGCCGUGGUGUGUAGUGGGUUUGGGUCUGCCCAUCUGAUUGUGUGUUAUCAUCCUGACAAAGAUAUUUCUUUCCCUACUCUGUUUGACAACUUCGUUUGCAGGCAUGGAGUGGAUCUUUACAGCUGCUAUGAAUCUAAAUGCACAAAUGUAUGAUUCUGAAUAAUGCUCAUGUAAUCAUGUUUUUAUGGAUGAAAUGUGGGUAGAUGGGUCUAAUUAGAUCACUGUGACAUAAUCAUAUAAUUGUGCAAUGAUCUAAUAAUAUUAAGUGGCGUUAGGACAAAAGUCUGCCUAAUCAGCUUACACCACAUUGACUUACAUCUCAAGCCUGCCAUGGCUAAAGGGUUAGUUAAUUACUUUAUGAGAAGAGGGAAACUGAAUUACUGUCCAGGAUGUUUUUACCCCACAUUUUUCACUAGGAUGUUCCUUAAUGUCUGUCGAGUCUAGAAGUCUAUGUUUAAGGUUUUAAAGCAGGGUAACAUCACCCACUCAUUCACUGUUCCCACCAAUCCCCCUAACCUUAAUCCCGCAAGGCUCCUGCGCUGUACAUCAGUUUAUUUUAAUGCAUGUUUAUUCUACUGCAUUAUUUACACCCCUCUGCACAAAUGUUCUGUGAACCCUAGUUGUUUUACAGCAUCCAUUUUUAAAUCCUUCCUGCAUCUUACCUCACAACCUUCUGUAUUAGUUUGCCCUUGAUGCAUGUUUGCUGUGUUUGGAAUGUCUGUUAUUUAGUGGCAUGUGUUGCAAUUUUUUUUUACCCCAAACUUAUUAAUUUCCUUAUGUUUUUUCCUCUUAUGUAUGUACUUUCUUUUCUUUUGCCUCUACGCCCACCCCUUCCCUCUUUUCCACUCCGCCCGACACACACACUUGGUGUCUUCAUGGUUACGCUGUCCCGCCAAUGCCAAUGCAUUAUGGUGCUUCUCAUUGCCAACCAACCAACAAAUCCAACCCAUCAAUCUUCCACCCUCCAAACCUUCUGCCAUCCUCAUUCCACAAUGCUGGGUGACGUGGCCUGGUGCUGCUGCCCCUCGUCUUGGUAACGUGCAACCCAGGGUGAAAAUUCCUUCCUGCAGGCGACCAUAGCCAAGCUGGGCCCCCUGCCCCGCAUCCUGGGGGACAUAGCCCGCUCUCUGUCCAGCCCCACGCCCAUCCAGCAGCAGCUCCGACGCUUCCAGGACUACAGCUCCUCACACAACAUCAGCGGCAGCGUCUCCUCAGGCCUGCAGAGGAUAUUCGAAGAUCCAGCUGACCGGUAGGGCUCCAAAAUGGUCACAACUGUCGCAAUGGUAUUGUCAAUCACCACCCAGCCAUGCAUGGCGUAAUUAUGUGGUGUAGUUCUGGCUGUAGUUCUUUUCAAAGGCUGUUUCAUCUGGUGAUUUUGUGCCAGUUAUCCUAGAGAUUCAUACUUAAAGUUGAAAGUAUUUGAUCCCCUGCUGAUUUUGUACGUUUGCCCACUGACAAAGAAAUGAUCAGUCUAUAAUUUUAAUGGUAGGUUUAUUUGAACAGUGAGAGACAGAAUAACAACAACAAAAUCCAGAAAAACGCAUGUCAAAAAUGUUAUAAAUUGAUUUGCAUUUUAUUGAGGGAAAUAAGUAUUUGACCCCCUCUCAAUCAGAAUGACUUCUGGCUCCCAGAUGUCUUUUAUACAGGUAACUGAGAUUAGGAGCACACUCUUAAAGGGAGUGCUCCUAAUCUCAGCUUGUUAGCUGUAUAAAAGACACCUGUCCACAGAAGCAAUCAAUCAAUCAGAUUCCAAACUCUCCACCAUGGCCAAGACCAAAGAGCUCUCCAAGGCUGUCAGGGACAAAAUUGUAGACCUACACUAGGCUGGAAUGGGCUACAAGACCAUCGCCAAGCAGCUUGGUGAUAAGGUGACAACAGUUGGUGCGAUUAUUCGCAAAUGGAAGAAACACAAAAUAACUGUCAUUCUCCCUCGGCCUGGGGCUCCAUGCAAGAUCUCACCUCGUGGAGUUGCAAUGAUCAUGAGAACGGUGAGGAAUCAGCCCAGAACUACACGGGAGGAUCUUGUCAAUGAUCUCAAGGCAGCUGGGACCAUAGUCACCAAGAAAACAAUUGGUAACACACUACGCCGUGAAGGACUGAAAACCUGCAGCGCCCGCAAGGUCCCCCUGCUCAAGAAAGCACAUAUACAGGGCCGUCUGAAGUUUGCCAAUCAACAUCUGAAUGAUUCAGAGGAGAACUGGGUGAAAGUGUUGUGGUCAGAUGAGACCAAAAUCGAGCUCUUUGGCAUCAACUCAACUCGCCGUGUUUGGAGGAGGAGGAAUGCUGCCUAUGACCCCAAGAACACCAUCCCCACCGUCAAACUUGGAGGUGGAAACAUUAUGCUUUGGGGGUGUUUUUCUGCUAAGGGGACAGGACAACUUCACCGCAUCAAAGGGGCGAUGGACGGGGCCAUGUACAGUCAAAUCUUGGGUGAGAACCUCCUUCCCUCAGCUAGGGCAUUGAAAAUGGGUCGUGGAUGGGUAUUCCAGCAUGACAAUGACCCAAAACACACGGCCAAGGCAACAAAGGAGUGGCUCGAGAAGAAGAACAUUAACGUCCUGGAGUGGCCUAGCCAGUCUCCAGACCUUAAUCCCAUAGAAAAUCUGUGGAGGGAGCUGAAGGUUAGAGUUGCCAAACGUCAGCCUCGAAACCUUAAUGACUUGGAGAAGAUCUGCAAAGAGGAGUGGAACAAAAUCCCUCCUGAGAUGUGUGCAAACCUGGUGGGCAACUACAAGAAACGUCUGACCUCUGUGAUUGCCAACAAGGGUUUUGCCACCAAGUACUAAGUCAUGUUUUGCAGAGGGGUCAAAUACUUAUUUCCCUCAUUAAAAUGCAAAUCAAUUUAUAAAAUUUUUGACAUGCGUUUUUCUGGAUUUUGUUGUUGUUAUUCUGUCUCUCACUGUUCAAAUAAACCUACCUAUAAAAUUAUAGACUGAUCAUGUCUUUGUCAGUGGGCAAACGUACAAAAUCAGGGGAUCAAAUACUUUUUUCCCUCACUGUAGAUAGGUUGUUUUAUGUUGUAUUGAUUUGGGAGAUGACUCGCUGCUAGGAUCUUUCUAAAUAAUGCUGCAGCUAGAGACUUCCUAUUUUUAGCGGCUGUAGAGGUAAUGAGGGAAUCCAAGGUUUUUCCGGCUUUAAAGUGAAUCUGUGUAAACAUUGGUGCUAAAGGAACAUUGAGUAAACUUAGCCUACAUUUCAUGUUGUGUGUCCAAAAUGGAACCCUAUUUCCUAGGCAUUUAUAGUGCACUAAUUUUGACCAGACCCCUAUGGGCCCUGUUCAAAAGUAGUGCGCUACAUAGGGAAUAUGAUGCCAUUUGGGAUGCACCCAUGUUCUUGGUCUGGUCCUAGCUUUGGUUUCAGAACUCUCUGUUAAUGUGUUGUGUGUUUACUGUCCACGUCUUGCAGUGAGGUUCGCAGCAUCAAGUCCCCAGUCCAGGAGCAUGUUAUGAACGGCCUUCACCGGGGGAAGCACCCUCUCCUGGGCCAGCAGUCAUCCGGCCAUAGCAUGAGCUUCUCGGACAAGGAGGAGCGAGAGAACCUCCAGCCCAACGGACGCAGCAUCUCCCUGGUGGACCUCCAGGACUCUCACAUGGUCCAGAGUGGCCAGGGACCCCUCCCCCUCCACGAGGCUCCCCCCAAGCUGAGCAGGGUGGGAUCCCAGGUCUCUAUAGGACACCCCCAUCAGGCUACCACCCCACAGUCACACCAAGCCCUCCACCAGAAGCCCUCGUUACAGGACAACCUCCCCCAGAGUGCACCCCAGGUGCGUCGGCCCCUGCCCUCUUCCCUCAGCCAGCAGAGGAGCCGCCAGCCCCUCUCUUUCCAAAACCCUGUCUAUCACCUUAGCAACCUGACACAACAACAACCCACAGCAGUACACUCCACAACACACUCGGUCCACUCCCACUCAGUGCACUCCCUGCAGCCGGACUCCAGCUCGGAGAACCUGAGCACCGAUAGCUCCCGCAGCCACAGCAACUCGGAGGUAGAGUUUGGAGACGGGAGCCAGGGGGGGAAAGGGGGCAGGGUCCCGUCCAAUAGCAGUCUGGAGGAGUUCAGCCGGCGGAGUACGCAGAGCGAAGACUGCUCGACGCCACACCGCCACAACCUGCCAGACCACCACGGAGGAGCCCACGCUGUGGCAGUGCCCAGGCAAAGCAGCACGGGCACGGCUCACAUCGUGAGGGUGGAGCAGCAGAGCCGCAGCGGGGGGAGUGGUGGGGCCCGGACUCCCCGCUCCCUGCCCCAUAGCGCCUCUCUGCGCAGCAGCAGCUCCAUCAACACAGAGCCCAUGCCAAUCCCCAUCCAGGCCCAGCCAGGCACAGGAGGCCGCUCACACCAACAGUCCACCUGCUCCAUGGAGAGCCCUGUGCCCCCCGUCAGGAGCGUGGCCAAGCAGCAGAUGCCACAGCAGGUACUGGUCUGGCAUACAGAACUACACUUAGAUUCACACACACUCCGCUCCGACACCCCAAUAUAAUAUCUGUUAUUAUUAUCAAGAAAUAAAGUGUGGCCAAAGUCAUGUUGGGCACUCAGGGUAGAUUUGAUUGACAUACAGGUAUCUGUGGUGGUGCAGGUGGCGUCGCCGGUAGAGCCAGUCACCAUGUCACCGGUAGAGAGGACAGCGGCGUGGGUACUGAAUAACGGACAGUUCGAUGACGAGGAGGAGGCGGCCCCAGCAGAUCAGAACAGGGAGGACAGCAGGCACGCCAAGAAGGUAAAGACACAGCCAGAGUCUCAGUCAAUGAAGGUUUGAUGGCCAAAACAUUUUCAAGUUAAAUGGAUGUCUUCUUCAUAAUCAUCCAAGUCAACACAUCAGCCUGCUAAGCCAGUGUAGGCAGACAGAGGUAGUCUUAGUCAUGACUAACACCAUCAUCCCCUCCCACUCACCUUCCCUCUCUCUCCCUUUCCCUCUCUCUCCCUUUCCCUCUCUCUCUCUUUCCCUCUCUAUCGUUCUCUCUUUCCCCCUGUCUCUCUCUUUCCCUCUUUCUCUCUGUCUCUCUCACCUCUCUCCCGCCAGUAUGAACAGGAAAUCUCCAAGCUGAAGGAACGCCUGCGGGUGUCUAGUCGGUGUCUGGAGGAGUACGAGAGACGUCUGCUGGCCCAGGAGCAGCAGAUGCAGAAACUGCUGAUGGAGUACAAGGCCCGCCUGGAGGACAGUGAGGAGAGGCUGCGGCGGCAGCAGGAGGAGAAGGACAACCAGAUGAAGAGCAUCAUCUGCAGGUAGGCAUUACUAGGCAACCCUCUGGAAGAUUUUGCUUAAAACAAACCCGUACUCCAGUCUGAAUUCCUUUGAAUGAAUGAUUGAUUGAAUGAAAGCAAAAUCACAGAUUGACUGCUUAAUGGCAUGCCUAUAGUGUCUUGUAUAGGUGUGUCCCGAAUGGCACUCCAUUCCCUAUAGAUUCGGAAAGUAUUCAGACUCAUUUACUUUUUCCACAUUUUGUUACGUUACAGCCUUAUUCUAAAAUGGAUUAAAUUAUUUUUUUCCUCAUCAAUCUACACACAAUACCCCAUAAUGACAAAGCGAAAACAGUUUUUUUAGAAAUACCUUAUUUACAUAAGUAUUCAGACCCUUUGCUAUGAGACUCGAAAUUGAGCUCAGGUGCAUCCUGUUUCCAUUGAUCAUCCUUGAGAUGUUUCUACAACUUCAUUGUGCAGUCCACCUGUGGUAAAUUCAAUUGAUUGGACAUGAUUUGGAAAGGCACGCACCUGUCUAUAUAAGGUCUCACAGUUGACAGUGCAUGUCAGAGCAAAAACCAAGCCAUGAGGUCGAAGGAAUUAUCCGUAGAGCUCCGGGACAGGAUUGUGUCGAGGAACAGAUCUGGGGAAGGGUACCAAAACAAUUCUGCAGCAUUGAAGGUCCCCAAGAACACAGUGGCCUCCAUCAUUGUUAAAUGGAAGAAGUUUGGAACCACCAAGACUCUUCAUAGAGCUGGCCGCCCGGCCAAACUGAGCAAUCGGGGGAGAAGGGCCUUGGUCAGGGAGGUGACCAAGAACCCGAUGGUCACUUUGACAGAGCUCUAGAGUUCCUCUGUGGAGCUGGGAGAACCCUCCAGAAGGACAACCAUCUCUGCAGCACUCCACCAAUCAGGCCUUUAUGGUAGAGUGGCUAGACGGAAGCCACUCCUCAGUAAAAGGCACAUGACAGCCUGCUUGGAGUUUGCCAAAAGGCACCUAAUGGACUCUCAAACGAUGAGAAACAAGAUUCUCUGGUCUGAUGAAACCAAGAUUGAACUCUUUGGCCUGAAUGCCAAGCAUCACAUCUGGAGGAAACCUGGCACCAUCCCUACGGUGAAGCAUGGUGGUGGCAGCAUCAUGCUGUGGGGAUGUUUUUCAGCGGCAGGGACUGGGAGACUAGUCAGGAUCGAGGAAAAGAUGAACGGAGCAGAUCCUUGAUGAAAACUUGCUCAGGACCUCAGACUGGGGCGACGGUUCACCUUCCAACAGGACAACGACCCUAAGCACACAGCCAAGACAACACAGGAGUGGCUUCAGUACAAGUCUCUCAAUGUCCUUGAGUGGCCCAGCCAGAGCCCGGACUUGAACCCGAUCGAACAUCUCUGGAGAGACCUGAAAAUAGCUGUGCAGCGAACACUCCCCAUCCAACCUGACAGAGCUUGAGAGGAUCUGCAGAGAAGAAUGGGAGAAACUCCCCAAAUACAGAUGUGCCAAGCUUGUAGCGUCAUAACCAAGAAGACUCGAGGCUGUAAUCGCUGCCAAAGGUGCUUCAACAAAGUACUGAGUAAAGGGUCUGAAUACUUAUGUAAAUGUGAUAUUUCCAUAUUUUUUGGGGUUGAUACAUUUGCAAAAAUUUCUUCAAACCUGGUUUUGCUCUGUCAUUAUGGAGUAUUGUGUGUAGAUUGAUGAGGGGAAAAAAACAAUUUAAUACAUUUUAGAAUAAGACUGUAACGUAACAAAAUGUGGAAAAAGUCAAGGGGUCUGAAUACUUUCCGAAUGCACUACUUUUGACCAGGGUCUACCAUUUGAGAUGCAGCCUAACCUCCCCUUUUGGUUUGUAUGCGUCUGAGAUGGCUAUACUCUGUCACUCACAGGUUAAUUGCUGUAGAGGAGGAGCUGAAGAGAGACCAUUCAGAGAUGCAGGCUGUCAUAGACGCCAAGCAGAAGAUCAUUGAUGCACAGGUAUAGUAACAGAAAACGCUACACAUAUUGUCUGUACUCUAUGUAUGGCUUGAAUAAAUCCAAUACUCAGACCCAUUCAGUUCUAUCCCCUUAUGAGUAAUAUUCUACUCUCCAUGGAAACAGAUUCAUUCAGUCUUACAUUUGGGGUUGCUUACCUUGUCUUAUAUCCUUGACAGCUUUUCAGAGCAAUCUUGAAUGCCAUAGAUAGUCUCACCAGAGGCACCUAACAUUUGCUCUCGCUUUUUGGGCUUUUAACAGGGCCUGUUUAUCAGCUCGUUGUCUCUGAAGACUUUCUCUUUGAGAAGGUCAUACUUUACGGCAACAGAUCUUCAAUACCAAGCAGGGAAAGAGGAGAAGAAAAUAGGAUCAAUGUUAACUAUUAUUUCACUAUCAAAAUACAUAUUUUAAAUGCUUUGACUUUUUAAAAUGUAUACUUUCUUUACAAUGUUAUCUUUUGGUUAGGGGAGAUAUAAUUGACACAAAAUGUAAAAGUAUAGACUUGACAUGUAGUUAGUUCUAUAUUCACAUCCAACCAACACUUUUCAAACUUCGGAGGGGGAUGGAGUUCUUGUGCUCUGCAUUGGAGCAGAGAACCUGUUGACGUGCUCACUAUCACUGUUCCACUGAAUUCCAGGUCAAUAAAUCAACAGAGGUAAUCCAAGCAGGCAAGUAAACCAGUCAGUCUUCAGGUUUUGGAAAAUGCCGGCAAGCCUUGUAUGAGCACAACCACACUUGACACCCAUUCCUGCCCUCGCUGCUAAAAAAAGUCCUUAUUCGUGUGCAGACUAGAGGUUGUUUGGCUGUUGUUGUUUGGCAUUGCUUUUGAAAUUGGAUUUUGGAUUUCCCCAUCAGUCAGAAUAUAAAUAUAAAACAUAAUCUAAUACAUUUUCAUUACUUUUGCAGUUUGAGUACACCCCUGCUGCUACAAUUAAUGUUUCUCCAUUGCCAAUGUCAAUAUCAUCUCAGACACAAAGUGGCAAUCAUAGUUAAAAAUCAACAAUAUUAUAGUAUGAAAAUGUCUCAGUCACAAGAUGGAAUUAGGGCUGGAAAUAUUAAGCAUCUACAUUCAGAUUUGUUUACCAUUUCUGUUGCUCCAGGAAUGUGUGUUUUGAGUUGCGCUCUUAGCAGAUGAUAGCUUUGGCUGCUUUUCACCCUGCCCUCCUAAUUUAGGUACUGUCACUCCCAAAACCCAUUUCCCUUUACCUCCUCUCACUCAGUUCUGCAGGAACAGUGCCAUGACCUGGCUAGAUGAGGUUGCCCAUGGCUAGUGACAAAACUUUAUUUUGUUGCUGAUUUCAAGGAGGGCAAACUGAAUCAGUUUUCCUCCAUCUAAGAUGGCAUCACGUUGGUGGUAAUUGGGGGGAACGAUCAAAUAUAUAAUGUACAGGACAGUUCAGUCCAAGGGUUAUGCAUGGAAUUGGGAUUUCAGUAAAACAAUUUAAUGAUAGUUGAAUACAAAUAAUCCUCGUGUUUACAAAAUAUAAAUGUACAAAUGUUUUCAGUUGAAAGCCAUGCCACUGUUGACAUGUAGGCUCUGUGAAUGGUAUACGAAUGGAUAUAUACAGUAUCUCACAAAAGUGAGUACACCCCUCACAUUUUUGUAAAUAUUUGAGUAUACAGUGGGGAGAACAAGUAUUUGAUACACUGUCGAUUUUGCAGGUUUUCCUACUUACAAAGCAUGUAGAGGUCUUUUUGUCAUAGGUGCACUUCAACUGUGAGAGACGGAAUCUAAAACAAAAAUCCAGAAAAUCACAUUGUAUGAUUUUUAAGUAAUUAAUUUGCAUUUUAUUGCAUGACAUACGUUUUUGAUCACCUACCAACCAUUAACAAUUCUGGCUGUCACGAUCGUCGAAGGAGGAGGACCAAGGCGCAGCGUGAUAUUCGUACAUCUUAUUUUAUUAAGUGCACACACGACAAACAAAACAACAAACGAUACGUGCAGUCCAACGGUACUAACACAAAACAAAAGGAACAAGAUCCCACAAAGAACAUAUGAAAACAGCCUACCUAAGUAUGGCUCCCAAUCAGAGACAACGAGCAACAGCUGCCUCUGAUUGGGAACCACCCUGCCCAACAUAGAUCUAUACGAUCUAGAACAGAAACCAAAACAUAGAAAACACAACAUAGAAGCUACAUAGUGAAAACUAAACAUAGAAAAUCCACACCCUGGCUCAACAUUUCAGAGUCCCCAGAGCCAGGGCGUGACAGUACCCCCCCCCCCCCAAAGGCGCGGACUGCGACCGCGCCUAAACAUAAACCGAACAGGGGAGGGCUGGGUGGGCAUUCCUCCUCGGAGGCGGUUCCGGCUCCGGGCUUGACCACCACCCUCCAACAAUCCCCCCGUAGCGCCCCUGGUCCGGUCCCGCUGGCUGGAACUGGACUGGACAUCGUAGGAGCGGAUUGCUUAGGCUCCGGUGUGGAGCAGCUGACCGGUACCUGACCAGGCACCGGUGACCCAGGCACGGGUUGUGCCGGACUGACGACGCGCACCCCUGGCUUGGUGCGUGGAGCAGGAACGGGCCGGACCGGGCUGACGAUGUGCACCCCUGGCUUGGUGCGUGGAGCAGGAACGGGCCGGACCGGGCUGACGAUGCGCACCCCUGGCUUGGUGCGGGGAGCAGAAACGGGCCGUACCGGGCUGACGACGCGCACCCCUGGUUUGGUGCGUGGAGCAGGAACGGGCCGGACCGGGCUGACGAUGCGCACCCCUGGCUUGGUGCGUGGAGUAGGAACGGGCCUGACCGGGCUGACCAUGCGCACCCCUGGCUUGGUGCGGGGAACAGGAACGGGCCGUACCGGGCUGACGAUGCGCACCCCUGGCUUGGUGCGUGGAGCAGGAACGGGCCGUACCAGCCUGACGAUGAGCACCAUUAGCUUGGUGCGGGGAGCAGGAACAGGCCGGGCCGGGCUGGCAACGCGCACCAUUGGCUUGGUGCGGGGAGCAGGUACAGGCCGGGCCGGGCUGGCGACGCGCACCAUUGGCUUGGUGCGGGGAGCAGGAACAGGCCGGGCCGGGCUGGCGACGCGCACCAUUAGCUUGGUGCGGGGAGCAGGAACAGGCCGGGCCGGGCUGGCGACGCGCACCAUUAGCUUGGUGCGGGGAGCAGGAACAGGCCGGGCCAGGCUGGCAACGCGCACCAUUGGCUUGGUGCGGGGAGCAGGAACAGGCCGGGCCGGGCCGGGCUGGCGACGCGCACCGUAGGCUUGGUGCGAGGGGCAGGAACAGGCCGAGCCGGGCUGGCGACGCGCACCGUAGGCUUGGUGCGAGGGACAGGAACAGGCCGGACCGUACUGGGAACACACACCACUGGCCUUAAACGGGGAUCAGGAACGGGCCGGACCGGACUGGCCAUACACCUCAGUACCUCUCGCCGUGCCUCUACAUCUUCCUUCCCUUUUCUCACCAAUGGCUCCCGUAACCCGGUGGCCUUCUCUCCUCGUCCACGAACUCGCCCCUUCUCUGCCUCCAGCAGCCCCGUCGUCCAUGCCAUGUGCCCCCCCCUAAAAAAUGUUUGGGGGUGCCUCUCGCCUGUCCGACCACGGCCCGGUUGGCGCCGCUUCUCCUCUCCUGCCUGGGUCUCCCCCUUCAUAGCCCUCCGGCAACGGACGGCCUCCUCCUCCGUAAUCUGCCCCCAACCGAGGAGGACAUCUACUAAUGUUACCUCCUGCGUGUGCUCCUGGACACGCUGCUUGGUCCUGGUGUGGUGGGAUCUUCUGUCACGAUCGUCGAAGGAGGAGGACCAAGGCGCAGCGUGAUAUUCGUACAUCUUAUUUUAUUAAGUGCACACACGACAAACAGAACAACAAACGAUACGUGAAAUCCAACGGUACUAACACAAACCAAAAGGAACAAGAUCCCACAAAGAACAUAUGAAAACAGCCUACCUAAGUAUGGCUCCCAAUCAGAGACAACGAGCAACAGCUGCCUCUGAUUGGGAACCACCCUGCCCAACAUAGAUCUAUACGAUCUAGAACAGAAACCAAAACAUAGAAAACACAACAUAGAAGCUACAUAGUGAAAACUAAACAUAGAAAAUCCACACCCUGGCUCAACAUUUCAGAGUCCCCAGAGCCAGGGCGUGACACAGACCAGUUAGUUUUUCUUUAAGAAGCCCUCCUGUUCUCCACUCAUUACCUGUAUUAACUGCACCUGUUUGAACUCGUUACCUGUAUAAAAGACACCUGUCCACACACUCAAUCAAACAGACUCCAACCUCUCCACAAUGGCCAAGACCAGAGAGCUGUGUAAGGACAUCAGAGAUAAAAUUGUAGACCUGCACAAGGCUGUGAUGGGCUACAGGACAAUAGGCAAGCAGCUUGGUGAGAAGGCAACAACUGUUGGCGCAAUUAUUAGAAAAUGGAAGAAGUUCAAGAUGACGGUCAAUCACCCUUGGUCUGGGGCUCCAUGCAAGAUCUCACCUCGUGGGGCAUCAAUGAUCAUGAGGAAGGUGAGGGAUCAGCCCAGAACUACACGGCAGGACCUGGUCAAUGACCUGAAGAGAGCUGGGACCACAGUCUCAAAGAAAACCAUUAGUAACACACUACGCCGUCAAGGAUUAAAAUCCUGCAGCGCACGCAAGGUCCCCCUGCUCAAGCCAGCGCAUGUCCAGGCCCGUCUGAAGUUUGCCAAUGGCCAUCUGGAUGAUCCAGAGGAGGAAUGGGAGAAGGUCAUGUGGUCUGAUGAGACAAAAAUUGAGCUUUUUGGUCUAAACUCCACUCGCCGUGUUUGGAGGAAGAAGAAGGAUGAGUACAACCCCAAGAACACCAUCCCAACCGUGAAGCAUGGAGGUGAAAACAUCAUUCUUUGGGGAUGCUUUUCUGCAAAGGGGACAGGACGACUGCACCGUAUUGAGGGGAGGAUGGAUGGGGCCAUGUAUCGCGAGAUCUUGGCCAACAACCUCCUUCCCUCAGUAAGCGCAUUGAAGAUGGGUCGUGGCUGGGUCUUCCAGCAUGACAACGACCCGAAACACACAGCCAGGGCAACUAAGUAGUGGCUCCGUAAGAAGCAUCUCAAGGUCAUGGAGUGGCCUAGCCAGUCUCCAGACCAGAACCCAAUAGAAAAUCUUUGGAGGGAGCUGAAAGUCCGUAUUGCCCAGCGACAGCCCCGAAACCUGAAGGAUCUGGAGAAGGUCUGUAUGGAGGAGUGGGCCAAAAUAUCUGCUGCAGUGUGUGCAAACCUAGUCAAGACCUACAGGAAACGUAUGAUCUCUGUAAUUGCAAACAAAGGUUUCUGUACCAAAUAUUAAGUUCUGCUUUUCUUAUGUCAUGCAAUAAAAUGCAAAUUAAUUACUUAAAAAUCAUACAAUGUGAUUUUCUGGAUUUUUGUUUUAGAUUCCGUCUCUCACAGUUGAAGUGUACCUAUGAUAAAAAUUACAGACCUCUACAUGCUUUGUAAGUAGGAAAACCUGCAAAAUCGGCAGUGUAUCAAAUACUUGUUCUCCCCACUGUAUCUUUUCAUCUGACAACACUGAAGAAAUGACACUUUGCUACAAUGUAAAGUAGUGUGUGUACAGCUUGUAUAACAGUAUACAUUUGCUGUCCCCUCAAAAUAACUCAACACACAGCCAUUAAUGUCUAAACCGCUGGCAACAAAAGUGAGCUGCAGCACGGUGGCCAAGACCAUACAGCGGUUUAACAGGACAGGUUCCACUCAGAACAGGCCUCGCCAUGGUCAACCAAAGAAGUUGAGUGCACGUGCUCAGUGUCAUAUCCAGAGGUUGUCUUUGGGAAAUAGACGUAUGAGUGCUGCCAGCAUUGCUGCAGAGGUUGAAGGGGUGGGGGGUCAGCCUGUCAGUGCUCAGACCAUACGCCGCACACUGCAUCAAAUUGGUCUGCAUGGCUGUCGUCCCAGAAGGAAGCCUCUUCUAAAGAUGAUGCACAAGAAAGCCCACAAAAAGUUUGCUGAAGACAAGCAGACUAAGGACAUGGAUUACUGGAACCAUGUCCUGUGGUCUGAUGAGACCAAGAUAAACUUAUUUGGUUCAGAUGGUGUCAAGCGUGUGUGGUGGCAACCAGGUGAGGAGUACAAAGACAAGUGUGUCUUACCUACAGUCAAGCAUGGUGGUGGGAGUGUCAUGGUCUGGGGCUGCAUGAGUGCUGCCGGCACUGGGGAGCUACAGUUCAUUGAGGGAACCAUGAAUGCCAACGUGUACUGUGACAUACUGAAGCAGAGCAUGAUCCCCUCCCUUCGGAGACUGGGCCGCAGAGCAGUAUUCCAACAUGAUAACGACCCCAAACACACCUCCAAGACGACCACUGCCUUGCUAAAGAAGCUGAGGGUAAAGGUGAUGGUCUCCAGACCUAAACCCUAUUGAGCAUCUGUGGGGCAUCCUCAAACGGAAGGUGGAGGAGUGCAAGGUCUCUAACAUCCACCAGCUCUGUGAUGUCGUCAUGGAGGAGUGGAAGAGGACUCCAGUGGCAACCUGUGAAGCUCUGGUGAACUCCAUGCCCAAGAGGGUUAAGGCAGUGCUCGAAAAUGAUGGUGGCCACACAAAAUAUUGACACUUUGGGCCCAAUUUAGACAUUUUCACUUAGGGGUGUACUCACUUUUGUUGCCAGCAGUUUAGACAUUAAUGGCUGUGUGUUGUGUUAUUUUGAGGGGACAGCAAAUGUACACUGUUAUACAAGCUGUACACUCACUACUUUACAUUGUAGCAAAGUGUCAUUUCUUCAGUGUUGUCACAUGAAAAGAUAUACUCAAAUAUUUACAAAAAUGUGAGGGGUGUACUCACUUUUGUGAGAUACUGUAUAUACAGUACCAGUCAAAAGUUUGGACUCCUACUCAUUCCAGGGUUUUUCUUUAUUUUUACUAUUUUCUACAUUGUAGAAUAAUAGUGAAGACAUCAAAACUAUGAAAUAACACAUAUGGAAUCAUGUAGUAAACCAAAAAGGUGUUAAACAAAUCAAAAUAUAUUUUAUAGUUGAGAUUCUUCAAUGUAAACACCCUUUGCCUUGAUGACAGCUUUGCACACUCUUGGCAUUCUCUAAACCAGCUUCAUGAUGUAGUCACCUGGAAUGCAUUUUAAAUUAACAGGUGUGCCUUGUUAAAAGUUAAUUUGUGGAAUUUCUUUCCUUAAUGUGUUUGAGCCAAUCAGUUGUGUUGUGACAAGGUAGGGGGUGGUAUACAGAAGAUAGCCCUAUUUGGUAAAAGACCAAGUACAUAUUAUGGCAAGAACAGCUCAAAUAAGCAAAGAGAAACGACAGUCCAUCAUUACUUUAUGACAUGAAGGUCAGUCAAUACGGAAAAUGUCAAGAACUUUGAAAGUUUCUUCAAGUGCAGUCGCAAAAACCAUCAAGCUCUAUGAUGAAACUGGAUCUCAUGGGACCGCCACAGGAAAGGAAGACCCAGAGUUACCUCUGCUGCAGAGGAUAAGUUCAUUACAGUUAACUGCACCUGAGAUUGCAGCCCAAAUAAAUUAUUCACAGAGUUCAAGUAAAAGACACAUCUCAAUAUCAACUGUUCAGAGGAGACUGCGUGAAUCAGGCCUUCAUGGUCGAAUUGCUACAAAGAAACCACUACUAAAUGACACCAAUAAGAAGAAGAUGGAUAUAAGACCGGUGGAAAUCUGUCCUUUGGUCUGAUGAGUCCAAAUGUGCGAUUUUUGGUUCCAACCGCCGUGUCUUUGUGAGACGCAGAGUAGGUGAACGGAUGAUCUCCGUAUGUGUGGUUCCCACUGUGAAGCAUGGAGGAGGAGGUGUGAUGGUGUGGGGGUGCUUUGCUGGUGACACUGUCUGUGUGAUUUAUUUAGAAUUCAAGGCACACUUAACCAUCAUGGCUACCACAGCAUUCUGCAGCGAUACGCCAUCCCAUCUGGUUUGCGCUUAGUGGGACUAUCAUUUGUUUUUCAACAGGACAAUGACCCAAAACACACCUCCAGGUUGUGUAAGGGCUAUUUUACCAAGGAGGAGAGUUAUGGAGUGCUGCAUCAGGUGACCUGGCAUCCACAAUCACUUGACCUCAACCCAAUUGAGAUGGUCUGGGAUGAGUUGGGCCGCAGAGUGAAGGAAAAGCAGCCAACAAGUGCGCAUCAUAUGUGGGAACUCCUUCAAGACUGUUGGAAAAGCAUUCCUCAUGAAGCUGGUUGAGAGAAUGCCAAGAGUGUGCAAAGCUGUCAUCAAGGCAAAGGGUGGCUACUUUGAAGAAUCUCAACUAUAUUUUGAUUUGUUUAACACUUUUUUGGUUACUACAUGAUUCCAUAUGUGUUAUUUCAUAGUUUUGAUGGCUUCACUAUUAUUCUACAAUGUAGAAAAUAGUAAAAAUAAAGAAAAACCCUUGAAUGAGUAGGUGUGUCCAAACGUUUGACUGGUACUAUAUAUAUACAGUGAGGGAAAAAAGUAUUUAAUCCCCUGCUGAUUUUGUAAGUUUGCCCACUGACAAAGACAUGAUCAGUCUAUAAUUUUAAUGGUAGGUUUAUUUGAACAGUGAGAGACAGAAUAACAACAACAAAAUCCAGAAAAAUGCAUGUCAAAGAUGUUAUAAAUUGAUUUGCAUUUUAAUGAGGGAAAUAAGUAUUUGACCCCUCUGCAAAACAUGACUUAGUACUUGGUGGCAAAACCCUUGUUGGCAAUCACAGAGGUCAGACGUUUCUUGUAGUUGGCCACCAGGUUUGCACACAUCUCAGGAGGGAUUUUGUUCCACUCCUCUUUGCAGAUCUUCUCCAAGUCAUUAAGGUUUCGAGGCUGACGUUUGGCAACUCGAACCUUCAGCUCCCUCCACAGAUUUUCUAUGGGAUUAAGGUCUGGAGACUGGCUAGGCCACUCCAGGACCUUAAUGUGCUUCUUCUUGAGCCACUCCUUUGUUGCCUUGGCCGUGUGUUUUGGGUCAUUGUCAUGCUGGAAUACACAUCCACGACCCAUUUUCAAUGCCCUGGCUGAGGGAAGGAGGUUCUCACCCAAGAUUUGACGGUACAUGGCCCCGUCCAUCGUCCCUUUGAUGCGGUGAAGUUGUCCUGUCCCCUUAGCAGAAAAACACCCCCAAAGCAUAAUGUUUCCACCUCCAUGUUUGAUGUGGGGAUGGUGUUCUUGGGGUCAUAAGCAGCAUUCCUCCUCUUCCAAACACGGCGAGUUGAGUUGAUACCAAAGAGCUCGAUUUUGGUCUCAUCUGACCACAACACUUUCACCCAGUUUUCUUCUGAAUCAUUCAGAUUUUCAUUGGCAAACUUCAGACGGCCCUGUAUAUGUGCUUUCUUGAGCAGGUGAACCUUGCGGGCGCUGCAGGAUUUCAGUCCUUCACGGCGUAGUGUGUUACCAAUUGUUUUCUUGGUGACUAUGGUCCCAGCUGCCUUGAAAUCAUUGACAAGAUCCUCCCGUGUAGUUCUGGGCUGAUUCCUCACCGUUCCCAUGAUCAUUGCAACUCCACGAGGUUAGAUCUUGCAUGGAGCCCUAGGCCGAGGGAGAUUGACAGUUAUUUUGUGUUUCUUCCAUUUGCGAAUAAUCGCACCAACUGUUGUCACCUUCUCACCAAGCUGCUUGGCGAUGGUCUUGUAGGUCUACAAUCUUGUCCCUGACAUCCUUGGAGAGCUCUUUGGUCUUGGCCAUGGUGGAGAGUUUGGAAUCUGAUUGAUUGAUUGCUUCUGUGGACAGGUGUCUUUUAUACAGGUAACAAGCUGUGAUUAGGAGCACUCCCUUUAAGAGUGUGCUCCUAAUCUCAGCUCGUUACCUAUAUAAAAGACACCUGGGAGCCAGAAAUCUUUCUGAUUGAGAGGGGGUCAAAUACUUAUUUCCCUCAUUAAAAUGCAAAUCAAUUUAUAAAAUUGUUGUUGUUAUUCUGUCUCUCACUGUUCAAAUAAACCUACCAUUAAAAUUAUAGACUGAUCAUUUCUUUGUCAGUGGGCAAACGUAUAAAAUCAGUAGGGGAUCAAAUACUUUUUUCCCUCACUGUAUAUAUAUAUAUAUAUAUAUAUAUAAAUAACACAUUUACAAAAAACAAACAUGAUGCAAUGCUUGGAUAUUAGUUUUUUGUUUAAUCUAGAAUUUUGGCUGCUAAACAAAAACUAUUUCAGUGAGGUAUAUUUCAGACUUCGCUUGUGAUAUUUGAAUUUCACCAUCUACAGAGUAGUAAUCAUCCUUUAGCUUACCCUGCUAAUCCUUUCUCCACUGUAAAGUGAACGUUUUCCUCCUUUUCUCACUCCCCCCUCUUUCCCUUCUCCUCUCUUUCUCUCUUCAGGAGAAGAGGAUAAGCUCCCUGGAUGCAGCCAACUCUCGGCUAAUGAGUGCCCUGACACAGGUGAAGGAGCGCUAUAGCAUGCAGAACCUGCGCAACGGCCUCUCGCCAACCAACCCCACAAAACUGUCAAUCACUGAGAACGGAGAGUUCAAAAACAGCAGCUGCUGA